AUGGAGGUGCAGUCGGAGUGUGUGGAGCCUCCUGUGGCCCCUCAGUGUGAUCGCCAGCCCACAGGGAAGAUAAACAAAGCUGCCUUCAAACUCUUUGGAAAGCGACACACCGGCUCUGGAAUGACCAGCUUCUUCUUCAGGAACAAAGGGGCCCCAACCAGCGGGAACAACGGAAAUUCUGACAAUAAGAUUUCUUUGAAUGGAAAUGGCUCAGUGGCAUCAGUGGAGCUCGUUAGGAGUAAAACCCAUGAUGGACUAACAAGCUCUAACAACGACACUGAUGGACAGAGAGGGGAGGGGCUUGCUACCCUGGAGGUAGGACCAGUGAGGUCUCUCAGCAAAUCGCUGAGUUUCUUUUCUCUACUCCGACGUGGGAGUUUUAGGUCAAAUGAAAAUGGGAGGGGGGGGGUUGUAAGAAAAGGGAGGGGCCUAAAGGGCUUUUUUAGCAGCAUGCGAUGGAGACGCAAGGAAAGAACGACCGAGGGAGAGGGAGAGGAGGCGGAAAGUAACAAAGACAAGGAUGGGGAUAGUACCGAAUCUGAAAAGGUAAAGGAUAUUACUCUCACCCUUGAAACACCUCAACAUCAUCACCAAGAGGACUGUGGGAGUGCAGAGGCAGAACCUAACCUCCAAGCAACAGAGACUCCCAUUACUAGUGUUACCAUGACACCCCCACACUGUGUUGCCAUGCCAGGGCCAUCUGUUGAGCCAGACUCUUUCUUUCCUUACACACCCACUGACUCGCCACUGCGCCCUCCCAUCCAAAAAGCCAAAACCUCAGUUUCCAGCCUCGCCCCCUCCCUUGCUACACCUCCUUUGGAUCGUUGCAGCAUGGGUGACCCACCCUCAGAACCUUCAGUGGACAGACUCUGCUCUCUCCUCUUCACUGAUGUCACAUCCCUUAAGAGCUUUGAUUCACUGACAGGCUGUGGUGACAUUAUUGCUGAUGCAGAUGAUGAGGGGCAAGCGGGUAAUGGUGGCAGUGGCACAAGCAGCAGCAGUAGUGGGGGAGGAGGGGGAAGUGUGGAAGCAGGUGUUGGGAGAGCUCUUGGUAUCACCAAUUUCCCAUCCUGCGGCUCCCCAUCAAAGCCCCCUCUAUCUUCCCAGCUGACCCAGCCCAUGUUCUCUGUUUCCUCAAGCUCAGUGCCUGCUUCCCUCCCAGCUCAGGCUCGGGCACUACCUUCACCACAGCAGCACCCAGCUGGUAGUGGUGUGGUGGCGUACAUGGGUGGAGGAGAAGAAAUGGCGAGUCCAGAAGGAGUGGACGAUGCAGACAUGCAAGGGCUCUGGCACAUGCUGCCCUCCACAGGGGACAACUCUCCUGCUUUGCCUCGAUCACACCAACCUCCCUCCAUCACCCCAAAUUCCACUUAUCCCCCUGGCGCCAACCCCUCCAGCAGCCACCUUCCUUUAGCCCACAGGAUUUCAGACCGAAAGGUACCACAGGUGAAGGCAUUGGGGCUCAGUAAGAUUCCAGUAGAUGGUGGAGCAGGAAUUUGGGCAGCUAAACCCCCCCCCCACGCGCAUGGCCGUCAUCCCACAUCACCUGGUGAAAAAGAGCCACUAAGUGAUGAGGGCUACUGGGACACACCCUCAGCAACGCCCAUAGCAACACCCAAUGAGAGUGGGCUGCAGCGUAACCAGAAGAUGGCCCUAUUACGCAAUAGUUGCUCUGGAGACUACUUGUACGACCUUUACAAUGAUCUUGAAGAGGAAGGAGAUGAUGAAGAACAGGAAGGGUAUGAAGAUCUAAACAGUACUCCCUCUCCAUCUAAUGAAUACAAACUGAGCCCCACAUCCCAAACAACUCCUCCUUCCUCCUCCUCGUCUUCCUCCUUCCGAUCAAUGAAAGGCAGCACCAGCCUUCCUCGGGAAUCCAAGAUCCCAGUAAGCACCAGACAAACCCCAACUCCCCACUCUGUAAGCCAGUCAGCUCUGUCAUAUGUCCUAGAGGCUGAAUCCACUCCACCAAAGAUCCAAGCACCUCCCCUGGCUCGCACCAGAAUUCCUGUAUCCAAGGUGCCUGUCCGUCGUUCUGGAAACAAACCUGGCAGCAGAGGAACUGCCCACAAGAAGUAG